AUGUACAAUAAGAAAAUCUUUAAGUGCGAGAAGAGAUAUGUCCUAAAAUCAUGUAAUCCUGAGUUUGUCAAAAACUUAGCUGAGGAAGGAGUAGAAAAGGUUAUGAAAGAGAUUUCAUCACUGGCGAAAAAACUAACUGAAGAUAUUGCCAAAAACCUAACAGAAUUAGUCUCAAAGAGAUUAGAAGACUUACAAGAAGAUCUGAAGGAGAAAAUAUCAAUGGCUGCUGUUCAAAAAAUUACUGAAAUUAACCCGAAAGAUUCUUCUCAAAAUAAUUCUGUCACCAAAGCAGAUAUUUUAAAUGCGAUUGAUCCGGUAGGCUCCAAUAUUCAGAUCUCCAGUGUUAAGAAUAUUGGAGAUGGGGGAUCAGUUAUUGGUUGCUUUCCUGAAUCUGGAGUUUCCACAUUAAAAAAUCUUGCUGGUUCUAAUCUAAUGGAAAAAUAUGAAAUCAAGGAUAUGGUUGGAAUAGAACCAAAAAUAAGAGUUGUAGGAAUGUCGGCUGAAUUAGAUAGUGAAAAAAUUAAACAUUAUGUUUUAAAUCAAAAUCAAUCUGUACUUUGUUCUAAUCCUAUUGAAUGUAAAGUUUUAGAUAUAUCUUGUACUAAGAAUAAUAGAAAAAUUUAUCAAGGAACUUUGCAGGUUGAUGUUGCAUCAUAUAAUAAUAUCAUUACGAAUGGUGAAGGUAAGCUAUUUAUUGGCUUUGAUGUUUGCUCUGUUUAUGAUUGUGUAUCUGUUAAGAGGUGUUAUAAUUGUAAUGGUUCUAAUCAUUUUUCAAAAAAUUGUCCAAUUAGUACUAUUUAUUGUCCAAGAUGUGCAGAAAAACAUGCUGUAAAAGAAUGUAAAGCUUCAGUUGAUGAAUUAAAUUGUGUGAAGGUGAUGAAACGGGAUUCUCUGGUUCAAAUUAAUGAAAAUCAUGCUGCAUAGGACACCCAUUGUAAUUCUUACCAACGUCAUAUAGAUGAAUUAAAAUCUUCACUUUAUGUAGCAUAGCAAUCGCAAGUCAGUUGGAUGUAUUAACUAUUGGUGGUACAGCUCUAUACCCGCAAAAUAAUUCAUUUAAUUUUUCUAA